GACCUAAACCCUGCAUAAUAGAGCCAGCCAUCUCUUGCAGUCGCAAUGGACGUGAUUUCGCAGCGAUCAUCCUCUUCUUUGAACCCUAACGCUCCGCUCUUCGUCCCGUGGGCUUAUCGGACGGUGGAGGACUUUUCGGAUCAGUGGUGGGAGCUGGUGCAGUCAUCCGCUUGGUUUCGUGACUACUGGCUUCAGGAAUGUUUCCAGGAGCCCCAAAAUGACCUUGAUGAACUUUUCCAGAAUGACGAGCCUUCCCUGCCAGAAAUCGAGGCCGUCUUCGAUGGCUACAAACAAGAAGAAGAAGGAGGAGGAGGAGAGGAGAAAGGAUCUAGAGAUGUGGUUUCAAUGGCAGCAUUGAAAUGGACGAAAAGUCGGCUUCUGCCGAAAACUCCCAAGUUCACUGAGAAGGCGCCCAAGAUUGUAAAUGUGAAAGUUAGUCCCCGGAUGAUUCAACAGCCUAGGUAAACGGAGAGAGAGAGAGAGAGAGAGAGAGAGAGAGAGAGACGACUCAGUUCCAUCUUACGUCUUCGUCUUGUAAAGGAUGUUAAUCAGUCUUUUCUUGUUUCUGCAUCUUUUGUAAAUAAGCUUAUGACAGUGUUAGCUUUUUCUCCGUUUUUUGCUUGUGUUAUUUAACAUCGAUGAAAAAAAAAAAAAGAAGAAGAAAA